AUGGCUGGAGUUUUAGGACGUGUGCUUGUGGUAGUCACCUGCUUUCUCAUCGCAUUCAUCGCCUACUCUUCCCAGCUGUUCGUCUUCUACCCCUGGUAUGGGUACACCGUGAGCGUAGACUUCAUAUGGGCGAUGCUGCCUUUCAACAUACUCGUAGGACUCAUAUGGUGGAACUACUAUCUUGUUGUCUGGACAGAUCCUGGAAGAAUACCAGAUGGAUGGGUGCCACAGACAGGCGAAGGGCAGAGUUUCGAAGUCAAGCAAGGGAAUGGGAAGUUAAGAUAUUGCCGAACAUGCAAGGUGUACAAGCCGCCACGGUCACACCAUUGCCGGGAAUGUAACGCUUGCACCUUGCGGAUGGACCACCAUUGCCCGUGGGUGAAUAACUGUGUGGGACACAAGAACUACGCCAGUUUCAUGCGUUUCUUGUUCUUUGUCGACUUGGCUUGUACCUAUCACAUGACGCUAUUCAUGCGCAUGUUCUCGCCCACAACAUCACAAGUUGUAUGGGCCGCGCUCAACUUUGCGACAUGUGUGCCUGUUCUGCUUGCUGUGGGCCUGUUUAGCUUGUACCACUUUUAUCUGCUCGCGACGAACACCACAACGAUCGAGGCAUGGGAGAAGGACAAGGUCGCUAUGCUCGUUCGCCGUGGCCGGAUCGAGAAGAUCAAGUUCCCGUACAACCUGGGCAUGUUACAGAAUCUUCGCUAUGUGCUUGGCCCCAACCCGCUCUUUUGGUGCUGGCCCACCUUGAGCGUGCAAGGAGACGGCUUGAGUUACCCCGUUGAAGCCGGUACAGGUGAGUGGAAUGCCCAUUCAGGGAAAGAGCGUUCCUCGCCACUCGCGGCUUCUCCCCCGGCCUCGCACCCAUACCCAUAUCCAAACCCUCCACCUGCGAAUAGCCACGGCUACAGCAAUGGGCUCAGGAAUCCCGUGGCAGGCAAUGGCGGAGUCGCGCUGCACGAGAAUGGACAUGACGCGUAUGCCCGCUCGUGGGGUCGAGGGGGAGACGACGAUGCGGGGGACACGAUAGACAUGCUCAUGCCAUUCUCUGUAGAGGAGCAUGUGCCCUUUAUCUGGCCACCGAAAGACCCGAGCAGCUACUACGAGCCACGUCCGAUGCCGGAAUCACCGUGGACUUACGGCUCCGGUGUCAACCCACAUCUCGAACCCUCGAAUACGAGGUUACGAGCGCGAGCCGCAAACAAGCGGAAUAAAGCGGCCAACAAGAGAACAAAGCGGCAGCCAGAUGCUUUUACCACUUUCCUCAAGUCGCUCGAUAAUGAAGAACCUAAUUCGACCUCGCCGAUAUCAUCCGAGGAUGAUUCUGAUCCGAAGGAAAAUCAUGGUCUUGUGCGAGCUAGAAGAGCUGCGCGCAACGGGGAUCAGAUCACGGAUGAGGAUGCCGAUGUCGAUGCGUAUGACACAAGAACUGGACGGCCAAAAACGCGCAGAGGGUCAGAGGGCUGGGAGGUUAAACCCCUCACACCCUGGGCCAGAGAGGAGAUUGUCCGGAAAUAUGCUGCUCGAAGAGGUCUCGAACGUGAAGGGGAGGAGCCAGUGCCUGAUAGUGCCGUAGGCAACCAGGUACAGUUGCCGAACACUCGGGAUGAUGACGCCCUUCUUGGUGCCACAACGAUGCCAGCACAUCGGCCAAGAUCCGACUUGGGCGACAAGACGCGACCAUCUACCCUUCCCCCGCCUGAUAAAUACAACCGGUACGUUCCCUCGGCGGAGGAUUCGAGCUCCUCCGAAGAGGACAAUGCCGAAGAUGAGGGCGUUUUCCGAGACCGGGUAUGGGAGCAGCAUAUCGAUGCCUGGGAAGGGCGCGUGAUUGUCAACGAGAGUGCCGGAGGAAUAGCCACAAAUGGGAUGGCUGAAGAGAUUCAUGGACUGGCUGAAGAGAUUCAUGGACUGGCAGAAACGGACAGUGCACUGGAGUAG